CAAAUUUCCUUAUUUACAUAUAUGAUGUCAUUGACAGCUAUGGUGAUUUGUGAUAGGUUCACAAGGAACGUUAUUCAUAAGCAACAAAUGGGUAACAACAUAUAAAAUCUCAACGUUAUCAAAAUACUGUCUUGUAAUAACUGUUCUCACUCAACGACUGUGAAAAGGGUACUGCACGUUAUUGUUGUGGUUGUAAACACGUAACAGAUGGUAGCUCUUUAUAUUGAAAAUAAUUGAAAUCAUGUCCUCUCUUAAAUGAACAUAGUCUUUGAUAAUCGAAUACUAAUAGGACGGGAUUAAAACUGGGUCUGGAGCCGCUCUAAAGUUACCAUCAGUUCCAAGCCCGCGGAAGACAUCUGGUUGUAAGGUUAACAAUUCUGUCUCAUAUAAAAAAGCCUUUCUCAAGAAAACAUACCAGUCAAAAAAUCAUUUAAAUCGCUAAAACUUUACUUUAAGUGUUAAAGGGUAUUCGUGUAGAGGACAUGAUGUUUCAUAAUAAAAGCCGAAAUUUUUUGGAAGUCAUAGAACCGAUACGCUUUCUCGUAACCAGAGCAACAAUUAAUACAGUUACACUGAAUGUUCGAAAAACGUGGAAUACCUUUACGACCGCUUAAAUAGCGGCGAAAUUGAGAAGAUACAGUCUAAGAGUGCUUGGAAUAAAUGAAACGCAUUUGACACAAUCUGGACAAAAGUGUUCACCUUAGGGGAGCUGUUGUUGUACUCUAGUCGUGAGAAAAGAAAUAUUUGACGCAUAGACAAGGGUUAUUACUGAUGCUGUUCAACGAAGUGCGAAAAAGUGCUUAUGGGAUAGGAAACUCAUAAUUCCAGGGUGGUAAAUACAUCCUUGAGUACAAAUAAGGAGUGAAUAUUAUUUGGCGCUUUGCACUGACCACUGAUGUCAUUGAAGAUGAUAAGAGUCAGUUUUAUCAUUGACAGCAGUCCAUGUACUGAAAAACACUUGACCAUUUUGAUAGGGGACCUGAACGACAAAAUUGGGAUAAGUAGUACGUCUUACAAAUGGAUCAUUGAUAACAUGAAAUGGACGAAAAGAAUGAGAAUGGUGAGAGACUGGCUAAUCUAUGUACUCCCGACAGUGUGAUUUUUAGCGAAAUCAAUCCCCUUGAAAUGCGUACGAGGAGCUACAAGAGUUUCUCCAAACCAUACCAUGGAAAAUUAACCCUAUCCAUCUUCAUAAAAGACUUGAAAGGUUUAUCGAAAGUGAAGAAACAAAGAGAAUAGACGAUAGGGCUUCAUAUCCUAAUCUGAUGACGAACAAACUGAAACUGAAGUCAAAGUAACAUUGGAGAACUGGAUGAGUGGCACAAAAAGUUCGACACAGCCUUCCAUCUAAAUGCUAGCAAACUCUCAGCAAUAAGUUCUGAGUGUUAUAAUGUAUACUAUGGUGUUACAAGAACAUAUGAAGUAUAACGACAUAGUUCAGUUUGAUUUUAUUGAAGACUAUCAUAAUGUUACGUAUAAACUGAUAGCGACAUUAGACUUUGCUAUUAAUGAAUGUUCUACUUCUCGAUUUCUCACUUUGAUUGAUGAUGAUUUCAUGUUGCACCCAUCUAAUUUACUCCGGACACUUGCCAAAGUUACUGAAACUCAGUAUUUGAACUAUAUAGCUGGUAAUGUGUUGCGUCUCUGCAAACCAACGAGGUUCCCAUUCAGUAAAUGGUAUAUUUCCUAUUCAGACUAUCCAUACAGUUUAUAUCCAGCCUUCCCUUCUGGCGGAACUAUUAUUCUCAGCAUGCCUGUCGCCCAGCUUCUUUCUGUUGGUCUGAGGUAUAUCAAAUUGCUUCCUUUUGAAGAUGUUGUAAUUGGCCUUGUAUUAUAUAAACUGGGUAUUAGUCCUGUACAUUUGGAUGGCGUUUAUGUAGUUCGUUAUCCAAAGAGUCAUACUGGUGAUCUCAUAAGUGUUCAUGGGUACGGUGAUAAUUCCUUUUCCUUAUCUAGUUGGAAUAAGCUUGGUUUGCAGACUGUUUGCGACAGAUAGACUAUCUUCUUGCUCUUUUCUUUGUUAUUGUUUGUAUAUUCAAUAUGUAACAGUAGGUUAACGUUACGUUAACCUUAGAGAAUUUCCAGUCGAUUAUUAUUCACUUUCUGAUUUGCUGAUAACGUCUUUGGGAGUGUAGUUACUUAGUUACUAGUAAAAAUGUCACACCUAAAAUUUCUCAUGCUAAUAAUUGAACUGUUUGUUCCUCAACUUGUCGAAUAAUUAAUCACAAACUAUCUAAUUGUAAUGUAAAUAUUCAUAAAACUCUCAUCUUGUAAAUAAUUCGUAACUGCAUAAGUUUUAUUUCAAAUUGAAAGUAAAUUGCUAUAAAAAUAUUUGAAAUGUUUUUUUAUUUGUACAGAUAUUGACAAGGCAUAUGUCUGAAAGGAUGCUGCCUCACUUAUAGGACAAGUUCAAAAAUCUGAGAAGU